GGGUUCGGUUCGGUUCGGAUCGGAUCUUUUGUUUUUAUGUUUUUCCGGGAAAGGAUGGAUGGAGUUCUCCAAGUCAAGGAAGGCACCCACUUUUCGAUCCCAUACCUCUUAGCAUGUUAGAGCGAUUGACAGAUCUCUGACCCGUCUCUCCGUCCGACACCGCCGAUCCACGUUCACAAGCAAGCACCGCCCGAAAAUGUCUCAAACGCCAUUCACGGCGGCCCUGGCAGCCGUCCUGAUCUGCGUCCUCCUCCUCCUCCUCCUCCUCUCGCCCGCCAGCGCCGAGAUCAAAAACCUGAAGAUCACCGCGGACGCUCGCCCCAUGAUCCUCUUCGAGAGAUUCGGCUUCACUCACACCGGACAGGUCUCCGUCGCUGUCUCCUCCGUUUCCGUCGUCUCCUCCGCCGCCCGCCCCGAGGCUUCUCGCCUCGGCUUCUUCCUCCUCUCCGAGGAGUCUCUCCUUCAAGUCCUCCUUGAACUCCAAUCGAACCCCAACUUCUGCGUCCUUGAUUCGAACUAUGUCAGUCUCCUUUUCACCUUCCAAAAUCUCUCUCCACCGCCACACACCUCCUUCAACCAGUCGUAUCCGAUCAGAGUCCCGAAUGAAUACAGCCUCUUCUUUGCCAAUUGCGCUCCGGACAGCCAGGUCACCAUGGACGUCCAUACCGAGCUCUACAACCUCGACGCGGAUAGUUCCAAGGACUUUCUCUCCGCCGGGCAAACUCAGCUUCCUACGAUCUUCUUCCUCUUCUCCAUCGGUUACUUCGCUUUCUUAGGGUUUUGGAUCUAUAUUUGCCUCACAAACAGGCGCUCGGUCCAUCGGAUCCACCUCCUUAUGGCGGUGUUGCUCUUGAUGAAGGCUCUGAAUCUGAUUUGCGCUGCUGAGGACAAGCACUAUGUGAAGGUCACCGGUACGCCUCACGGCUGGGACAUUCUGUUCUACAUGUUCCAAUUCAUUAGGGUUGUGCUAUUGUUCACGGUCAUCGUCUUGAUCGGAACGGGUUGGUCGUUUUUGAAACCGUUUUUGCAAGAGAAAGAGAAGAAGGUGUUGAUGAUUGUGAUCCCACUUCAGGUUUUGGCUAAUGUGGCCUCGGUUGUAAUUGGCGAAACCGGACCUUUUAUCAAAGACUGGGUAACUUGGAAUCAGGUGUUCUUGUUGGUGGAUAUUAUCUGUUGUUGUGCGAUUAUCUUCCCAAUUGUGUGGUCGAUUAGGUCUCUGAGGGAGACCUCCAAGACAGAUGGGAAGGCAGCCAGGAACUUGGCAAAGUUGACCCUCUUUAGGCAGUUCUAUAUCGUGGUGAUUGGCUACUUGUAUUUCACGAGGAUUGUUGUGUUUGCCCUCAAGACAAUUGCUGCAUAUAAGUAUCAGUGGGUGAGUAAUGCAGCUGAGGAGAUUGCUAGUCUUGCGUUUUAUGGGGUGAUGUUUUAUAUGUUCAGGCCAGUUGAGAAGAAUGAGUACUUUGUUCUUGAUGAGGAGGAAGAACAGGCAGCAGAGAUGGCCCUUCGGGAUGAAGAGUUUGAGCUUUGAAGUUGUUAUUGACGAGGUUUAUUGAGCAUUUUGCUGAUCUUGCUGCUGCACGUUGUGAGUUCUAUAGGGAAUUUACAGUUAGAUUUACCAGGAUAAUCUGGUUUCACCCUCUUGUUUUGUUUUUAUAAGAUCAUAAGAUCUUAGAAAUUUAUGGAAUAGUUUCUAUAUUUGGUGUUGGAACUUUGAUGUCAUUUUGUUGCUAAUGAUUCUACUUUUUAAAAAGUUGUAUCACAUUUAAUAUCUCAGUCAAUUGUCAUUUUCUUGUUUA